CACUCGCACCACCCAAAGCUCAAUUAGCUCAAGGCAGCCAAAGCCCAAAGGCAGCCAUGGCCAUGAACCUCGCAACCGUCGCGUUCCUCCUGGCCAGCACUCUCUUCUCCGCCUCGUCGUCGGAGGCGACCACGCUGACCAUCCACAACCUGUGCCCUUACCCGGUGUGGCCGCUCAUCGUCCCCAACUCCGGCUCCGGCGCCACCAGCCCCUUCUUCGACAACUCCGCGCGCCUCGACCCCAACGCGCUCGUAUCCCUCUGCUUCCCGGACACCGUCUGGUCUGGCCGCGUCACCGCGCGCACCGGCUGCGACGGCUCCGGCGCGACCUGCGGCACGGGAGCCGCGCCACCCUCCACCGUGGCGCAGCUCACGGUCCACGGCGACCAGGACCUGGCCGUGUACAGCGUCUCCCUCGUGGACGGCUUCAACGUGCCCAUGGUGAUCAGCCCGCAGGGCGGCGGCGUCGGCCAGUGCCCGCAGCUCGGGUGCGCCUUCGACCUCAACCGGAACUGCCCGCCGGAGCAGAGCGCCAAUGGGGGAGCCGCCUGCCGCGGGCCCCCAGGGUAUUUCAAGGUGCUGUGCCCGCAGACGAGGACGACGCCGGGCGACAAGGAGCCCCUGCCGCAGAACUGCCACGCGCCCGGGGAGCUCAAGAUCGUCCUCUGCCAGCCCUUCAUGCUAUCCCACGGCGCCGCCGUGGAAGCCGAUAGCUAGACCUCGCUUCUGUUCUCUUCUAUUCUCUUCUGCUCGCUUAACUCGCUGUUCUGCACCGAAGCUGUUUGGGUUCGUCGUCUCGGUGUACGUAUGAGUUGAGCCAAAUAAAACUCAAUAAUUGAACUGGGAGCUACUCGCUUUGGAACA